AUGAAAAAUCACAUGACGGUGACUGAAUUCAUCCUGCUGGGCAUCCCUGACACAGAGGGCUUAGCGACGGUGCUCUUCUUCCUGUUCUCAUCAUUGUAUUUAUGCACCCUCCUUGGAAAUGUGCUCAUUCUCACUGCCAUCUGUGCCUCUUCUCAGCUUCACACACCUAUGUACUUUUUUUUGGGAAACCUCUCCAUAUUUGACAUGGGUUUCUCUUCAACUACUGUGCCCAAGAUGUUGUCGUAUCUUGCAGGGUACAGCCAAGUCAUCUCUUUUCAGGGAUGUGCUGCUCAGCUCUUCUUCUACCAUUUCCUGGGCUGCACUGAAACUUUCCUGUACACAGUGAUGGCCUACGACCGUUUUGUCGCCAUAUGCUACCCACUGAGAUACACGGUCAUCAUGAACCACAGGGUGUGCUUUGUCUUGGCCACAGGAACCUGGAUGAGUGGCUGUGUCCAUGCCAUUGUCCUAAGCUCCCUCACCUUCAGACUGCCCUACUGUGGCUCCAACCAGGUGGGCUACUACUUCUGUGACAUACCUGCAGUGUUGCCUCUGGCCUGUGAGGACACCUCUCUAACUCAAAGGGUAAGCUUUACAAAUGUUGGUCUUGUGUCUCUCACUUGCCUAUUUCUCAUCCUUAUGUCCUACACUCGCAUUGGAAUCUCCAUAAUGAAAAUCCGCUCCACAGAGGGCAGGCAACGGGCAUUCUCCACCUGCAGUGCCCACCUCACCGCCAUCCUUUGUGCCUACGGGCCAGUCAUCAUCAUCUAUCUGCAGCCCAACCCCAGUCCCUUGCUUGGUGCUAUAAUUCAGAUGUUGAAUAAUCUUGUGACUCCCAUGCUGAACCCACUCAUCUACAGCCUGAGGAAUAAGGACGUGAAAUCAGCUCUGAGGAACUUGUUUCACAAGAGAAGCCUUACUUUAGGUAAUAAGUGA